CCGGCGUAUCCUGUAUCCUGCUGCCACCCAAGAUUACAGAAUCAAUGGGGAAAGUGUCGAGCAGUCGGACGGACGACUCCAUCGAGAGUCGUGUCGGCGGCGUGGUUGCGUCGUUUCGCGACGCCAAGCUCGUACACUCAGCUGGAGAAACAGCCAAAGACGCGCUGUGUGGUGGUGCCAUCUUCUUCGGCGGUGUCUCGCUGACCCAACUCAGUAUGUUGUUGUGUCGCAUGUCGGCAUCCACGCCAGCAUUCCCUUCCAUCGUUGGCGGCAUUGGCGUGGCUGCCUCAAGUAUUCUCGUUGGAGCUUUUUGCCUUCGACGAACGGACCCCACGCCCGUGCAAAUGACAGCUGCCGCCGCCACGGGCUUGCUUCUCUUUCGCCUGUUGGGAGGCCGCUUCCGGUCAUUAGCACCCAGCGACUUUCGUCACCCUGGGGCAUUUGGACACGCCAACAUUUCGCUGCCUGCGACACUGGAGUAUGCAGACGGCAACGCCCGCGCCGUUAUCCAGAGCUUUGGCCGCCUCUACGGUUGCCACACAUGUGGCGUUCGAAGCGCCAAGUUCCACGCCGACCACCAGCCACCCGUCAUGGUCGCCAAAGCCGAAAACGAAAGACUGUGGAACCGCCUGAUAGCUGGUCCGGUCGUCCAAAGGUACUACCCGCAGUGCGACGGCUGCUCCAACAUCCAGGGCGCCCAAGUCAAGAAAAACGCGCAAAAGCUCAAGCUGCACCUCUGGGCGCUGCGAGGGUACCAUGCGACGGGGUUUUGGAUGGUUCUUUUUGGGGCGGGGGGAUUGGGGGGGUACAUCGCACAGUCCCCCGAAGCGGAUUCGUCUAUUGUGGAACAGGUGGCGGCACAUGCCACUGACGUGUGGCAGCCUCCGACGCUGGCGCGCCUGCGGGAGCGAGAGGCCGCGCUGAAGCUGGAACGUCUGGCUGCGGACACCCUGCGCAAGAAAGCGAUCGACAUCGAAUUGGCCCAUAUACGCGAAAGGAAAGCCACACUAAAGUUGGCUGCGAAAGUAGCAGCCACUAAUGCUUAAACGUUAAAUGUCUUGGAGUUGACGUUCUGUCAUGUACUGGCGCCAGUCACCGCUCGAGACAACGUCCACGGCAGUGUCGGAAGGAAUGACACAGAAGUACGUCCAUGCAAGAAGACUCUCAGUGCCGCACGUGACGUCGACUUGCACACGUUCGUACUCAUUGGAUGGGUGGUCGGCACCGUAAUAAUCUUCCAGGGCAUCCAGACCCUCCAGAAGUUGGUCAUAUUCUUGCGGGUCGUCGGCUGUCAACACUUGGCCAUACACGACGCCACUGCCGCCGCGGUACAUUCCAGGGUAUCCUGCGGCGAAGUGCAUGAGCGACGCAUCGGCGACCGAUCCCCGCGGGGCCAGGAAUCGCGCGGACGCGUAUUUGCCCACGUGUCUGUCAAAGUUGCGGAAACCUUUCCUACAUGUAGAUUGAAAACUAACGAGACGAUAUAAUGAUCGUACAUGAGAGUGCCAUAGACAAAGAACGGAAGCCGAGGUGGCUGCGCCAUGACUUAGGUUGAAAUGCUACCAGUAUCCUAUACUACCGGUAGUACUGGAA